AUGUCUUCUCAGAAAGAAAAAGACACAUUAAUUUAUAAUUAUAUCAAAGAAGUUCAUCCUGAAGUCGCUGAGUCUUUCCGGAAAGCAGCCAAGUUAGAGGGUAAUUCUUCAAUUAACGGACAAUUGGUUUUCGUCUUGGGUUCUGUAAGCAUUCAUGACAACAAAAGACCAGCUCCUCAACAAAAUGGACCAGUCAAAAAACUUAAAACUAAUGAUCAAAUUGCUGCCGUUUUAGAAAAUUUGGCUAAAAAGAAAAUGACUACUAAAAAAACUGAUAUUUCUAUGAAAAAAGCUGAUAUUUCACCUGAAUCUUCAGAUGAUGAUUCUAGCGAUGAUGAGGAAAAAGAUACUAAGAAGAAGACGCCUGCUAAGCCAAACAAGCCACAGAAUGCUCAAAAAGCAACUCCUGCUCCGACUCCGGCUCCUGCUCCGGCACCUGAAAAGGUAGCUUCACCUGACUCUUCAGAGGACGAUUCUAGUGACGAAGAGGAAAAAGAUGCUAAAAAGAUUAAGCUGAGUUCACCCGUUAAGACAAACAAACCACUUAAUGUCCAAAAAGCAACUCCUGUUCCGGCUUCUGCUGCGACUCCUGUUAAAAAAGCUGAAACUUCCGAUGAAUCAGAUGAUGAUUCUAGCGAUGAAGAGGAGAAAGAACCUAAGAAGACACCAGCUAAGCCAGUUAAGCCACAAGCUUUUCAAAAAGUGACCCCUGCCCCUACUCCUGUCAAAAAAGCUGAGGAUUCUGAUGAUUCAGAUGAUGACUCUAGCGAAGAAGAGGAAAAGGAUACCAAGAAGAAGACCCCAGCUGCUAAACCAAAUAAGCCUCAAAAUGCCCAAAAAGUGACUCCUGCCCCUACUCCUGUCAAAAAAGCUGAAGAUUCAGAUGAUUCAGAUGAUGACUCUAGCGAAGAAGAGGAAAAAGAUGUUAAGAAGAAGACCCCAGCCGCUAAACCAAUCAAGUCUCAAAAUGCCACUCCUGUCCCGAAUCCCGUAAAGAAGGCUGAAUCCUCAGACGAUUCGUCAGAUGAUUCUAGCGAUGAAGAGGAAAAGAAAGACAAAAAGAAGAUCCCAGCUAAGCAAAAUAAGGUUCCAAAAUCCCAAAAUGUGACUCCUGCUCCAGUUGUUACUAAAAAGCAAGAAUCUUCAGACGAUUCUUCAGAUGAUGAUUCUAGCGAUGAAGAAGAAAAGAGUAACAAAAAGAAGAUUCCAGCUAAAGGAAACAAAUCACAAAAUGCUACUCCGGUUGCUGCUAAAAAGGCAGAAUCGCAAGAAGAAUUUGAUGAUUCUGAUAAAAAAACUCCAAAUCAAUUCAAAACCACUCCUCAAAAGAAAACAGAACCAUUUCGCAGAAUAACUUCAGAUAGCCCUGUUGUAUAUGGUGACUUCAAAGUAACGACAAAAGGCCCUCGAGAUAAUUUCACAAAUUUGAAAGGCAAGCAAUUUAAAAAGGAAAAGACAAAAAAGAAGAAAGGAUUCAACAAACCCAUGUAA